AUUCAAAGCUGUACAUUUACCCCGACGAGAGCGCCUUAUUAUGUCGGGUGAUGAAUUCGGGGAAAUCAUGCAGCGCGAAUUUGGCGAGUUAUUAAGGAGCUACUCGGUUUUGCCAACAUGGUCGAACAAAACACUAAGACAGUUCAUACAAUAAAGCCAUACGCGAACCACGCAGAGACAGACAUUCUUUGAUAAGUAUAGUACUGUCGCAUUAAAUUCCCUGUGGUAUAUGCGUACGUAUCCUCCUGAAAAAGCCAACGACUGCUGGCUAGAUAACUAGCGAGUCGAUUGCUAGCCUCGAACGUAAACAGACCGGCAGGAACUGACGUGCAGCCACACAAAAGGCACAUAACCUAAUCAGUCACCUCCAUCUUUAUUUCAACUGCCAUAAAGCGCGUCAACGCGACCGAAUCGGGUGGCCGAGUCGUGAUGUAUUCCCGACUAGGGGAAAACUAACGACCCGACGUCACUUCCAAGCCGGGUCGGGAUCAUCCUUCGCCUGGACCGAAUGUAAACACGGAUCAGCGGCGCUGAUGCCCGCCGCCAGCAGCGGAACUCGGGUUUGGCAUUGCUGCAGACGUUGUGAGAAUCUGAGUCUCGUCUCCACCAAGCCCUGGCUCUGCUGACCCCCGAUUAGCAUGAGCAUGAUCGAGUGAAGUGGCCACCACAAAGUUUGUACCUGCACAUUAUGCCACGAUCAAAGGAAAUUCCAGAAGAGAUGAGAAAAAAAGUUGUUGAAAUACAUAAGUCUGGAAAGGGUUACAAAGCCAUUUCUCAGGCUCUGGGCCUGAAGAGAACCACAGUGAGAGCCAUUGUCUGCAAAUGGAAAACCCUGGGAACAGUGGUGAACCUCCCCAGAAGUGGCCGGCCGGCCAAAAUCACUGGAAGGGUGCAGCGACCACUCCUCAAGCAAGCUGCAAAAGAUCCCAGAAACACAUCCAAUGAACUGCAGGCCUUAAUAGCCUCAGCUAAGGAGGCUCUGCAGGUGCAGGGGCAGAGGCUGAACAGGAGGAUUUCUCGCUCAGAGAAGUUCCUACAGCUGCGUGCUGAUGCUGAGCGUGAUAGCCAGAGGUUUGUGGAGGGGGCGGAGCAGCAGGUGCAGGUGGUGGGGGGGCAGGUGCAGGGGCAGCUGGGGCUGUUCCUCUCCGCUCUGCGGGAGUGCGUGCGGGCGCACAGUGGAGCGGGGCCAGGGGCGGAGCUGCAGCGCUGUGGGGGCAGGAUGGCGGAGGAUCGGGCCCAGCUGCAGCAGGCCCAGAGCAGCCUGCAGGCUCUCCUGCAGCAGAACGACCCCUUCCUCUUCGUGCAGGAGUACCAUUCAACUGGGAAAAUGUUGCGCAGAGCGCUGAAGAGGCCAUUGUCCUCUCCAGGCAGUGUGUGUUUGGACAGAGAGGCUCUUGUUGAGGCUAUGGAGGCCAAACUGGAGGAGUUUCAGACUGAAUUCAGACUGCAGAUCUCUGACCUGAUCCACACUGUGGGCCUGCUCAACACAGCUCCACAGGACGGGGGGCGAGAGGAAGAGGAGGGUGAGAGUGAAGAUGAAGAUGAAGAUGGUGACCCUGUCGAUGAGAUAAGAAGUGAGGGAGAUGAAGAGGAUGAUCAUAACCAAUCUGCUGAUGGCUUGUGCAAGCCGGAGGAAGAGGAGAAGGAGGAAGACAUGUCCUCUGAUUGACGGGACCCGGACGUUCCCACAUCUGCCAGAGAUCUUCUGUUCCUGUUAAACUGUUAUUGAGGUUGUUAGAAGUGUGUAGUUGCUAUUAAAACUAUGGAUGUUGUGGAAGAAA